CAAGAGAGAGCUGAAUCUCCUCUUCUAUUUUAUCAUUAUGGCUCUACUAGCUUCCUUGCCGGAGCCGAUGAAACAACUGCCGAAUCGGCGGAGGAAACAAGAGAAAACCCAAAAACAACCCACGUCUUCCUGGGACCAAAUCAAGAACUUGCUCACCUGCAAACAGGUGGAAGGGUCGAAAGUUCACGACCCCUCGAAGCUCAGUUCCUCUUGUAGCUCUAUAUGCAGCUUCAAGGACGUUGUUCAUGGCAACACGAGGGUCGUUCACCGAGCUGAUAACUCGCCCGAGAGUAGCACGGUGGGUCAAGAAACCGCGCUGCUGAGACGCAAAGCUGCGAAUGGCUCAUCGUCUCGGUCGUUGUCGGGGUCAACAAGAUCCGAUAACAACAGCUCCAGGUGCACGAAGACGACGUCUUCUUCCAGAGCUAUGCAACUUAGGAAGCUUUCUGGGUGUUAUGAAUGUCAUACGAUCGUUGACCCCAGCAGGUUUCCAUCGUCAAGAACAACUAUCUGUGCCUGCUCACAAUGCGGUGAGGUCUUCCCAAAAAUCGAAAGCUUGGAGCUUCAUCAAGCUGUUCGCCAUGCAGUUUCGGAGUUGGGGCCAGAAGAUUCGGGUCGGAACAUUGUGGAAAUCAUUUUCAAAUCCAGCUGGCUAAAGAAGGACAAUCCGAUCUGUAAGAUCGAACGGAUAUUAAAAGUUCACAACACCAAGCACACCAUCCAACGGUUCGAGGACUGUCGCGAUGCGAUGAAAACGCGCGCUCUUAACAGCACCAGAAAGAACCCACGGUGCGCGGCCGACGGCAACGAACUCCUCCGAUUCCAUUGCACAACCCUGUCGUGUUCCCUCGGCGAGCGUGGCUCGUCCAGCUUGUGCGGCUCCAUCCCGGGUUGCGGCGUCUGCACCAUAAUCAGACAAGGGUUCCAAAACAAAGCUGAUGGAGGAGGAGGGGCAGCGCCAGCCGCAGAAUUCAAUGGAGUCCGCACUACGGCAAGUAGCGGUAGGGCCCACGACUCCAUUAAGUGUACGGACGGUCGUAGGGCCAUGUUGGUUUGCCGUGUGAUUGCCGGGAGGGUGCAGCGAGUGACGGAUGACGCGCCGUCGUUGGAGGAUGAUAAUAAUAGCACCGGCGGCGGCGUAUCUUCUUCGGCUGGCUUGUACGAUUCUGUAGCGGCGUUUGCCGGGGUUUACUCCAAUCUGGAAGAGUUAGUUGUGUUUAAUCCGAGGGCUAUCCUCCCUUGUUUCGUAGUCAUUUACAAAGCACUUGAAUCUUGACUGAGUCAUCAUUUUCAUAGAAUUAGUCUAACCAAACCACUCUCCUUAACCGUCUACAUAAAUUUUG